GCCGAGGUUCGGGUUGCUUCUGCGCCGCUGCGCUUCUCCGUGAUCGGAGCGUUCGCAGGUCGCCCGAAAGAUCCCGAAAGAAGCGAGGGUGUCCAAGAUGUGUUGAAGUGAAGCCAUUGGAUCUCAUUGGGUCUUGUUCUUUGGGUCCUCGACUGGAGAUGCGCAGCAGACGUUCAGCCGCCUAGCAUUGUCUAUAGCUACCCUUUGUCAUCACCAACUUAGCACACCCGACGACAUCCGACGGCUAUGACGCCGUAAUGCACUUGGAGGGAUCUGAGCGCAAUGUUGCCGGCCAUUUGGGAUUUGAGGAUCUCCAAGACUGAACGGUUGCAUUCCGACGCCCGCAGCCGGAGCACCGGAGCCGAACCAUCCGCCCGCCUUCACCGUGACCCGCUGACCGUGCGGCCCGAGACCACGGACGCGACUCCGGCCGAAGCGAUUUCGCCUCGGCGCUGCCCCACCGGUCGCUCCGCCAUGAAGAGGCCCUUCGAUGGCCCGAUCGGUGCGAUCGGAGGUGCCCUUGGAGGUGGCCCUCCCAAAGCGCCGCGGACGGUGGGGAUGGCCAUCAAGAUGUUGGUCACGGCCAAGGAAGCCGGGCUUUUGAUCGGCAAAGGUGGCAUGACCCAGAAGCAGAUUGCGGAGACGACGGGCUGCAAGCUGCAUUUGAGUGGGAUCAAUGAGCACUACCCACAGACCUCGCUGCAAGAAUUGUCCAUCAAAGCCGAUACGUCGGAGAUGGUGGCCAAUGGAGUGCUGGCAGUGCUGGGAAAGCUCUCAGAGGAGACCGGGAAGAUCCUGGGCGGCGAAUGGGAAGUGGAAGAAGGAGGUGCCAGAGUGCACUUCAUAGUUCCAACCCAGGGCGCGAGAAAUAUCAUCGGAAGAGGUGGCGAAAAUGUGAAGAUGCUGAGAGAGGCCUCCAUGAUGAAGGUGCACGUGGAGGACCAGAUCAUGGGGCUUGGGGACGCUGCUGAACAGGUGAUCUCCCUGGCGGGACCCCUGCAGAAUAUGCAGAUCGCUUUGCCCAUGAUUUUGGAGAAGGUGGAAGAGCUUGCGACCCAGCCUUUCUUUGCCAAUUGGGCCUUCAGCUGUUUAGCUGCGACCGGUGCCGGCGUGAAGGGCACGCUAGGCAAAGGCAAAGGCAUGGCAAUGGAUGGAUUCAAAGGUGGCGAUGCAUUCAAGGGCAAAGGCAAAGGAAAAGACAUGGGUGGCAUGGGAAUGGGUGGCAUGGGUAUGGGUGGCAUGGGUAUGGGUGGGAUGGACUUUGGCAAGGGCAAGGGCAAAGGCAAGGAUGAGUUUGCAUCCUACGGCGGGGGGGCCGCAAACACACAAGCCAAUAUCGACAUGCUCUCUCAAGCAGUGUCGGCCCUGCCAUCCAGCCUCGGCCCGGAUAGAUCCCAGCAGAUACUCUUCAACUGUGCGGCUGGGUACGUGAGUGCCCUCAUUGGCAAAGCAGGGGCGGGCACCAAGCAGAUUGCCAUGAUGACCGAUACCAAGAUCAUGAUUCGUGAGAUUGAGGGGAAUCCCAACGAGAGGUCGGUGGUCAUCAAAGGCAACGUGAUCAACGUCGCCGCAGCCACUGGCCGGUGGAUUGGACGGGAAUUUGUGACAUGGAGAGGGACUGGACCAUAUUAUAUCAUAUUCAUGCAUAUUACUAUGUGAGGCAAGCAUCAGAUGACAUUGUUUUUGGCUAGAGCCGUAAUGUAUAUAGACUCUUGAUUGAUAAAGACAAUAUGCAGAGGUUUUACCAUCCAAAUGGGGGGUCAUUCAUCAACAUUCUACAUUACUUGAUGAGCCCGAAUGUCAGAGUAGUAUUUUAUAUAGGUCCUGUGAGGGCCUGGGUAUAGGCUUGAGCCAUCGAGUCGCGACACGAACACUCCUAAAGGACCGGAAGCAUUUUGUGAUUUUUGGCAAACACCGACCUGAUCGCACUCUUGGAAGGAGCGCUCCCCGUCAGCUCAUCGUGCCUGGUUUUGGGCUGGAUUCUCAGCCCAUGUCAGCCCCAGUGCUAAGGCCUACUUGCAUUUGGCCAGCCGCUUGGCCAACGUCAUGCAGACGGUGAGCCCUGACGCACCUCCAAUGUCCUGAGAGCUUCAAGGCCUCAUGUUGCUAACUGCGCGCAUGGUGCCGCCAUAUGAGUUGGCACAAGAUGUGCCAAGUGAAUGGAAAAGUGAUCUAUGUCCACAUCUGGUGGCUGCUUUGAUAGGUGGCCGCUUUGGUGGCAGACACUGACGCCAAAGGCUAGGCAAUGCCUGACUUUGCCAGUAGUUUGCAGUGACGCCAGCGCUGCAUUCCAGCAAUUCUAGAC